AUGCUCCCGGAGCCCAAGUAUGACCGCUUCCGCGACGAGCCGCUGACCGCCCCCAUGCCGUCGCCGGCCCCCGCGCCGUGCCCCGCGGCGGGCGAGGAGCCCGAGCACGGCACCACCUUCUGCGCGCUGCUGCCGCGGAUGCCGCAGUGGAAGUUCCCCGGCUCCAGCGGCUUCCUCGGCCGCGGCCCCGCCGGCGCCGCCCGGGACGCCCCCGCCGCGGCGGAGUCCCCCUCGGGGCUGGCCGCCGUCCUGGGCGCCUGCGAGCCGCUCUGCGCCGCGCCCUGCGCGCUGCCGGGCGGCGGGCGGGCCCGGGGAACGGCGGGGCGGGCGCGGGGGGCGGCGGCGCCGGCGGGGGCCCGGCCCGGCGGGGACGAGUGGAGCCGCAAGGGCAGCUUCAUCCGCAAACCGGCGCAGGGCUGGCUGCACCCCGACGAGCGUGUGUUGGGGCCCGGCGUCUCCUACAUUGUCCGGUACAUGGGGUGCAUUGAGGUGCUGCGCUCCAUGAGGUCCCUCGACUUCAACACCCGGACACAGGUCACCAGGGAAGCCAUCAACAGACUAUACGAGGCGGUGCCAGGUGUGAAGGGCAUCUGGAAGAAGAAGGCUCCCAACAAAGCCCUGUUCUCCAUCCUGGGCAAGAGCAACCUGCACUUCGCUGGCAUGAGCAUCGCUGUCAACAUCUCCGUGGAUGGGCUGAACCUCAUGAUCCCCACCACGCGCCAGAUCAUCGCCAACCACCACAUGCAGUCCAUCUCCUUUGCCUCUGGUGGGGACAUGGAUACCACAGACUACGUCGCCUAUGUCGCCAAGGACCCCAUCAACCAGAGAGCCUGCCACAUCCUGGAGUGCUGCGAGGGGCUGGCGCAGAGCGUCAUCAGCACGGUGGGACAGGCCUUUGAGCUGCGCUUCAAGCAGUACCUGCACAGCCCCCCCAAGGUGGUGGUACCCCCAGAGAGGGCGCUGGCUGCAGAGGAGUCAGCCUGGGGGGAGGAUGAGGAGGCAGCUGAACACGACUACUACAACAGCAUCCCAGGGAAGGAGCCCCCCCCGGGGGGCCUGGUUGACUCCCGGCUCCACCACAGCACAGCCCUGGGCCACGUCCGCACUCAGCCCUCCAGCUCUGUCCCCUCCAGCCAGGGUGGGUUAGCAGCCAGACGAGACCCGAGCAGCCAGCUGGGGCCACCCUGGGACCUGGAGAGCCAGGGCCAGCCCUGCGACGGGUACCUGCAGGCAGACAGCCACAGCCUGGGGCCACGGGACUACGAGGAGCACAUGUACGUGAACACACAGAGCCUGGACGCCUGGGAGCCCGAGCUGGUGGCUCAUGGGGCGGCUGAGGAGAGCCCCAAAAAGGACCUCUUUGACAUGAGGCCCUUUGAGGACGCCCUGAAGCUCCACGAGUGCAUUGCAGGGGGUGCCAGCAGCCCCCCCAUUGAGGACCAGUGGCCGAGUCCCCCCACACGGAAGGCGCCCAUCGCCCCCACGGAGGAGCAGCUGCGGAGGGAGCCCUGGUACCACGGGAAGAUGAGCAGGAGGGAUGCUGAGAGGCUCCUGCAGAUGGAUGGGGACUUCCUGGUGCGGGACAGCCUCACCAACCCGGGGCAGUACGUGCUGACCGGCAUGCACAGCGGGCAGCCCAAGCACCUGCUGCUGGUGGAUCCCGAGGGAGUGGUGAGGACCAAGGACGUGCUGUUUGAGAGCAUCAGCCACCUCAUCAGCCACCACCGGCAGAACGAGCAGCCCAUCGUGGCAGCAGAGAGCGAGCUGCACCUCCGCCAGGUUGUACAGAGGAAGCAGUGAUGCCAAGGGGGUACGUGACUCCCCGACCUGCUCCCCUGGCUCUGGACUCACCCUGGGGCAAAACUGGGGUCCCUUUGUGCUCCCCUUCUCCAGUUGUGCCUGGUUUCUGAGGUCUGGGGUCAGGCUCCCCAUUUUCCUCCCCAGUGAGGCUGGGUGGUCCCUGGCCCUGCAGGUCCUCCCUGGCUGCUGCCUACCUCCAUCAUCUGCAUGGGGCACCCUGCCCAGCUGGACACAAAGACAUUUAAUUCCACACCUCCAGGUGAAACGCUCUUGGGGUGGGAACUGCUCUGUGGCCUCAGCAGGAGGGACAGAGCCUGAAGCCAUCUCAGGCAGGGCUGCCCCUACUUGCCCCAGCACUGCAAUGGGGGCUGGUGGAUAUUGCUGUAGCCCCUGGCUUGGCUCGGCCCAUGGGGCCAGGAACCAUCUCUUGGACACUGCUGUUGGAUGUUACUGUUGGGCACAUCCCUUUCCAGCUGGAUUCUCCCCAGGAGAGGCUGCCACAUGAUGCUCCAUGUUACCCCAAGCCCCUGCAGCCCUCCCCAGGCCAGAGCCAGGGUGGAGGUACUGUGGGAAGGUGCAGGGCAGGGCUGAGCUGCUGGCACUGCCUCACAAGGUGCCCCAUGGCCUGUGGGGGCCCCCUGGCUAGCUCAGGGCUUUGGCAGCUUUUUGUGGCCUCACAGUCCCCUUUACCUCUCCUGUGUCUGGUGCUGGGCACAGGUUUGUGGUUUGGAAUACAAUCCUAAUUAAACCUGGAAAUGAGCAAGGAACACAGGUGGUUCAUGCCACCCCUGGGCAUGGUGCUGGGACAGGUCUCCAUCACCACCAGUUCCUGCCUGGUCUCACCAUGGCCAACCCAUCCUGUCCAGUCACACUUACCUCUGCCCCUCUGGGUCACCCAGUGUUCCCCUGGCUUCAGAGUGGCCUUUGGCACCCAGGGCUGGCCCUGCACAGCCUCUCCUCCUCACGUCUGGCAGCUCCCUGCCCUCCUGCCUCCACCUGGAGCAGCACAUGGCCACCCACCCCUGGGCCUCCUGGCGUGGCUCUGAGUGGCACAAGCCAAGCUGUGACCCACUGGUGACUGUGGCAGCCAGCAGAGCCAGAGCUGUGGGUGGCCCGGGCUGUGGCUCGUGUGUCACAGCCAGCUGGGGGGUCCAGCACCCACCUCGGGGAGUAGGGUCACCCCAGCACCCUCAGCCCCUCGCUGGGGAUGGCCUCUGCCAGACGAGGCGUCCAGGCUGGCCAGGGCCAGCUGAGCCAAUGAAUAAAAUAAGCCCCUAAAUAAAGCCCAGUAAUGAAUGUGUAAUUUUCCAUUGAUAGCUGGAUUCCGCGGGGACGUGGUGCUUCCAUCUCAGCUGCUAUUUUCUGUCGUGGAGUGAUGUGUCUGCAAAGAUAA